CGUUCCUCUCGGCUGUCUGCCCGGCGUUUCGGUCGCCCGCUAGGGGCCGCUCUGGCCGGCAUCUCGGCUGCUCUCGGAGAGAGAACUGCGCUGCUGCUGCUGCUGCUGCAAGCGAGCGAAGAGCCCUCCCGGCCGCCAUAUUGGUGCCCGCGCCGCAGCUAUUGCGUGUUUGUCCCUGCAGCGCCAGCGGAGCCUGCCCUGGGGCGGCCCAGCGGAGCAAGGGAGGAGCCCCUUUCCCUUACCCGACUGCCCGCCCGCCACCCCUCCGCCGCCGCCAUGGCGACAAGGCCUGAAGGCCUCUGAAGGAAACCGGCCGCCGCCGCCACAGCAGGGAGCAGAGCCGUCCCCCCUCCCGCUCAGCUCGUCGCCAGCCUCUUCCCUCCGCCACAACAUGGAGGCCGUGAAAGCCUUCAACAGCGAGCUCUACUCGCUGAAUGACUACAAACCUCCUAUUUCAAAGGCUAAAAUGACACAGAUUACUAAGGCAGCAAUCAAGGCUAUAAAGUUCUACAAGCAUGUUGUACAAAGUGUUGAAAAAUUCAUACAAAAGUGUAAACCAGAAUACAAGGUGCCUGGCUUAUAUGUCAUUGACUCUAUUGUUCGACAGUCUCGACAUCAGUUUGGGCAAGAAAAGGAUGUGUUCGCUCCUAGGUUUAGCAAUAACAUAAUUAACACUUUCCAGAAUUUAUACCGUUGCCCUGGGGAUGACAAGAGUAAAAUUGUGAGAGUGCUAAAUUUGUGGCAGAAGAAUAAUGUGUUCAAAAGUGAAAUUAUCCAGCCUCUAUUGGAUAUGGCAGCGGGAAUUCCUCCUCCAGUCGUGACCCCUGUCUUGCCUGGGACAACUGCUACUAUGAGUAACAAUACACCAGGAACGCCUGUGACACCUGCUACACCAGCCAAUGUGGUCCAAAGUUUACCUGAUCCUUGGGUGUCUCAGAUAACUAACACAGAUACUCUUACUGCUGUAGCACAGAUCUUGCAGAGUCCACAAGGCCAACAGCUUCAACAACUAAUACAGACACUGCAAAUGCAACAACAGAAACCACAGCCAUCAUUACUUCAAGCACUGGAUGCAGGUCUUGUCGUUCAGUUACAAGCCCUCACUGCACAACUUACAGCUGCUGCCGCUGCUGCCAAUACACUUAACCCACUAGAACAGAGUGUCUCCUUUAACAAGAAGCUGAUGGAUAGGUUUAGCGAUUUUGGUGAAGAAGCUGACAUUAAUGAAGAACCUAAAAAAGAAACUCCAACUUCCCAACUGCCUCUUGUGUCUGAAUCUGUGAACAACUCACUUUUUCACCAACUAGCUGAACAGUUACAGCAACAAAACCUAGAACAUCUCCGCCAGCAGCUUAUGGAGCAGCAACCUCCAAAGGCAAGUCCUGAGGAAACACAAGAAGGGAAUUUUGGUUCUGAGCAUUCAGCAUCACCUUCACAAGACAGCAGCCACCAGCAGUUUUUAGAAGUAGAAACAAAUAUUGACAAUUCAAUGGAUGUUCAACAACAGGACAUGGACAUAGAUGAAGGUCAAGAAGUUGUAGAACAAGAGGUAUUUGAGCAAGAGGAAAAGAAACCUGUAGUUCCUUCAAGAUCAAGAACACGUUCAAGAUCCCGCUCAAGGUCUCCAAGAAAAAGAAGGUCCAGGUCACGAUCUGGCUCUAGAAAGCGCAAACAUAGAAAGCGUUCACGCUCUAGAUCAAGGGAAAGGAAGAGGAAGUCCUCCAGGUCCUACUCAAGUGAAAGAAGGGCUAGAGAGAGGGAAAAAGAACGACAGAAAAAAGGGUUGCCUCCUAUACGGUCGAAAACACUAAGUGUCUGCAGUACUACACUUUGGGUUGGUCAGGUGGACAAGAAAGCCACGCAGCAAGAUUUAACCAAUUUAUUUGAAGAAUUUGGACAAAUAGAAUCUAUAAAUAUGAUCCCUCCCAGGGGCUGUGCGUAUGUCUGUAUGGUCCAUAGACAAGAUGCCUAUCGUGCUCUUCAGAAACUAAGCUCUGGAUCCUACAAGAUUGGAUCUAAAAUGAUUAAGAUUGCAUGGGCUUUAAACAAAGGUGUGAAAACUGAAUACAAACAGUUUUGGGAUGCAGAUGUUGGAGUUUCAUAUAUACCUUGGGAAAAAGUUAAAUUGGAUGAUUUAGAUGGCUUUGCAGAAGGAGGCAUGAUUGACCAGGAAACAGUAAAUAGUGAAUGGGAAACUGCAAGAAGCUCAGAGACCACGAAAGAGCCGGUGCAAACAACCCAGACUACAACAGUUGACAAGACCACAGCCGUAACAACCCAAACAGAAACUUUCACACAGUCUGUCACUAUGUUACAGAUUCCUGUAGCUCCAUCUGUGCCAGCAGUUAGUUUAGUACCACCAACAUUUCCUGUUACAAUGUCUGUCCCUCCUCCUGGCUAUAGUCCAAUUCCUCCACCUCCCUUCAUGAGAGCAAGCUUCAAUCCUUCACAUCCACCUCCUGGUUAUUUGCCUCCCCCAGUUCCACCACCUGUUCCACCGCCGGUAGUUCCAACCCCUCUUGUACAGUCUUCGCUACCAAUUGCUCAAGAGUCAAUGAAAGAUUAUAGCAACCUUGCUCUACCAGUUGGCACUGUUUCUAGUAGUCUUACUACCCCAACAUUAUCUGCUGGAAGUGUUUUUACUCCUCUGUCAAGUAACAAGUCAGAUUUAGAUGAAAAGGGAUCCCAUCUUGCAGAUCUUCAGAUUUCAUCAAGUGAAAAUAGAGCUGUUCCAGAUGAUGUUUCAAGCAGUUCUGGACUUAUUGGGGGAGUGCAACCACCAAGUGUCUCAACCAGUUCGGGGCUUGUAGGGGGAAUACAGCCACCUAGUGUCUCAAGUAGUUCUGGGCUUGUGCAGCCAUCCAGUGUGUCAAGCAGCUCCGGACAUUUGACAAGAGUUCAGCCACCUAAUGCUUCAAACAACUCUGGGCUUUUGACGGGUGUCCAGCCUCCAAGUGUCUCAAGCAGCUCUGGUCUUCUGGCAGGACUCCAGCCCAUGACUGUCUCAAGCAGUUCCAGCCUUCUAAUGGGACUCCAGCCACCCAUAGUGUCAAGUAACUCUGGAAUUUUGUCAGGAGUCCAGCCACCUAUAGUGUCAAGUAGUUCUGGGCUUUUGGCAGCACUCCAACCACCUAUUGUAUCAAGCAACUCUGGGAUUCUGGGAUUGCCACCACCGAUUGUCUCAAGUAGUUCUGGACUAUUAGGAUUACCACCACCAAAUAUUUCAAGUGGCUCUGGACUUUUAGGGUUACAGCCACCCACUGGAAUUCAAAAUGUACCCCAUUUAACUCUUGCUAGUCAAAGGUUGCCUGGAAUGCCUCUAGUAGAUAUCUGCUCAGGACUAAUGUCACAGCCACCUGGGCCACGAUUUCCUCUCCUGCAGCCUGGAAUACCACUACAGCAUAGCAUUCCUCCUCCAGCAAUCCUUGACCCAUCCCUUCCUCCACCUAGAGCUUUCCUUUCAGGAGAUUUGUUUACUAAAACAGAGAGACCAUUUGGAACUUCUGGUAGACAAGGUGUUGAUAACAUGUCUAAUCCAGAUAAAAGGUUGGCACUUGGAGAUGACAGCAUUCAGCAAGAAGGAGAUAGAGACUAUCGCUUUCCUCCAGUGGAAAAUAGGGAGAACAUUAAUCGGACCUCUUCAGUGGAUAUGAGGGAUUCAGUUGGAAGGCCACCACUAGAUCCAAGAGAAAGUCUAGGAAGACCUCCAGUAGAUGGAAGAGAACAUCUUGCCAGGCCACACAUAGAUUUAAGAGAGAACUUUGGAAGACCAGGCAUGGAGGGCCUUGGUAGGAGAGACCAUUUUGCUUUCAAUUCAGAUAAGCACUGGGGACAAAGAGGAGAUUAUGAUGAAAGAGAGCAUCAUGCAUUUCCUACAUUUGGUGGUCUUAAAGGCUUCCAGGAAGACCGAGAAAGGUAUCGUCAAACUAACUACAGAUUUGAAAAUCGAAGUGGCCCAACUUGGAACCGGGGACUUGAACAGGACACUCACAGAGACUUUGAUGAUCGCCGAAGACCUUGGGAAAGGCAGAGGGACAGGGAUGACAGAGAUUUUAAUUUUGGCAGAGAAGUUAAUGGAAACAGAUUUGGGAGAGAGAGAAUACAGAACAACUGGAUACCCCCUCCACAUCCAAGAGCUUUUGAAUUUUUUGAAGGUGGCACUUCUCAACAAAAAACUGACAGUGUGCCCCAAGUUAAUGGUGAAAAUGCAGAGACAGAGAGUCAACCACCUGCAGCCCAAGUACAGGGUGAACCAGAACUUUAUGAAAAGCUGGCAACUUCAAGUGACACAAAAAAAGAGAAGAGUGACACAGAAGCUGAAUUAGAAAGUGAACCAGUGGUAGAAAGCACAGAAACUGAGGGGACAUAAUCAUCACUCAGUAGGUAAAAAGAUACCUUUUGUAAAGUUGUCAUCUCUCUCUGUAAUAGAUGAAUUGCUGACUGGACCUUAGUAGUUCACUUUUGUCUGCCAGAAUUAAGUUAAUCUAAUGUUCAUGUUCAUCUUUCACUUAAAUAGCUGUACAACUGACCUGUAUAGAAAAUUGUUCUUAAUUUGAACAUGGUAGGUAAACUUUCCUUCUUCUUUCUUUCUUCAUUUUUUUUGACAAAACGCAAACUUGCCCCACUUGCUUUUACUUCACAAGGAUAAAUAACAGCUUGUCAAACAAACAAAGACUUCCUAUGGAAGAAAUGGAAAUUUUUAGAUAUUGCUAUUAGGUUGGCCAUGGAAAUUGUUAUACUUGAAAACAGGUGCUGGUGUAUCUUGUCCAGGUUUUUAGGCUGCUGCAGAAUUUUAAAGCAUAGGCAGAGGUGUGAUACUGUAUGUUCCUACAGUUUGGCCAAAAGGAAAAAAGGAGCAUAAAUAAUACAGAGAAUGGUGUGCUCUUGAUAUUUCUGCAUUAUAGUCUCUUAUUUCUCAAAAGUACGUGUCUGUGAUUUGUUCCUCGUACUGCAGUGGGUUAAAAAAUUGAAAAAAUAACAUACAUUUUAAUGUUUUUUUAGAUGCCAAUAAAGCAUUAUUUGUUUGAUAAGCAUUCUAGGUAUUGUAUUUUUUAUAUACAAUCUAUAAAAUCCUGAAUGACCUGUGCUUUAGCUAAUUGUUGCAAAAGGUUUAUAGUACUCUUGUAAGACCAGUGCAACAAUUAAGUAUGCUACAAAAGCAUAUGCCUUUCUACUUAAAAGUAAAUAAAUCAUGGAAUCGCAUUAGUUUGUGUAUAACAUAUGUAUGUAAAUAUUUGUGUAAAACUGUAUGUAGAUACCACUGCUUCUGUGUGUGAUUGUGUAUGUGCACACACUCACAGAAUAAUGUAGACAGUUAAAUAAAACUGAAAUGGAAUUAGGUUAUAAAAUGAAAAAUUGUCUUUCACCUUCUUUAGAUAGCAAGAAGAUGAUAAAAGCUGAUGUGACAAGUUAAAUCAAAUUAAAAUUUGAUCUUCUAAAUUCUGAUUGCUUUGGAAGGUGGAGUCCAAUAUGCUCUGAAGGGAGGGUGUAAAGUAAGAUUUUAGUUGUUGUUGUUUUUUAAAAAAGUGUGGUUAUGUUUGAAGCAAAUAUUGAAGAAAAUGUUUGAAUUGUCCUUUUUUGUAAUAGUUACAGUGUUCUGGAUAGAAAGUGGUAGCAUUAAAAUACUUUGUGAUUAUCUUCUUGCAGUGAAUAUCUGGUCCAUGGUUGUUGCCCAAAACAUAAUUGAACCUCUUUAAGAACAAAAUGAAACAAAAUGAUAUUAGCUUAUAACAAAUAGCUGGCCACUUCAGAUCAUCCUGGCAGCAAUCCUAUACAUGCUUACCUAGGAGUGAAACUUUCUUCUGAGUAGCCAUGCAUAAGAUUACUCUAUUAAUAAAAUGCUACCAUGCCAGUAAUUAACACUAAUAUGUCCAUUUGAUUAGUUAUGCAUCUUAUGUCUGUAAGAUGAGGCUGGGGAAAAAAAUCCCAGGUAUCUGGUUGUUGAACUCCUGAAAUAUUAGGUACUACCAUCUACUAGUUUAUAUUUUUAGCAGACUAGUUUCUAAAAAUUUAAUGCAGCCCCAAAAAUGUGAUUCUUUGUACUAAAAGAUGAAAAUAUUUUAGGACCUGUUAGUUGCUAAAAAAUAUACAGGUUGGCAUCAUGCUGUCAUGUGGUCCUCUCUUUUUAAAAAAAGCAAACUUUAUUUUCUACAUUUCUUAUUCAUCCUCUCACAAUACAACCUGGUAAAAGAAUAUGGGUGGAAUUCAGUAUUACUCCACUGACAUUUAUCAGUAGAAUGGAAGGCUAUUUGAGGUAAUUCCCCCUUCCUGCAUAAUCCUAAAGUAUGUUCAAGAAGAUUGGGAAACCCUCUAGAGUCUAGACCAAACUAGGGAGGCAGUGCAGGCUGAUGGGGGGGGAAGAGCAACCACCACAAAUUGUCUUCCAUUUGGCUGACAGAUGUCUUCUAUUAGCAAAGCAAUGCUAUUUGGAUCCCACCUUUUAAUAAUAACAUGGAGAGUGUUGCAAUAAACUAACAUUGUAUGUAGAAAAUAAUUUAUAUAGAGAGAGAGAAGCAAUGCUUAUCUGUCAGGUCUUACAAAGUUAAGAAAUUUCCCUAAGAAGUUGAAAUAAUGCAGUACUUGAAAAGAGUUCAUGAAUAGCUAGAACACAGCCAUUAAGAGAAGGUAUCUUUUUGUUGCCAUGAUGUUUAGUAAUUGCUGUUUGGGAAGGGCAGUCCUAUUUACAGUUGCAUUGCUGCUUAGGAAACUUGAGUUCUCUAUCUUUCAUUCCAGAACGGAAACCUGUACACUAUUGUCUGUUGAUAUACAUUAAAAAUGCACCAGACUGUUGAUGGUCUGGCUGUUAAAAUGGAUUCAGAUUCAUUGGACUUUCACAUUUUAAGGUAAUUUUCAAGUUGUAGUGAAGGAAUUGGGUCAUUUUUAUUGACACACCAGUGUGAUCCUGCAUGUAAUCCUGAAGGGUUUUUGUGUGCAAAUCUGGAAUAAUGUAAUAGGUUGAAUGUCUUUGCAUUUCCGUAUUUUGGGAGAAAGAUUGUUAAAUAUUCUUGCUGGAACUGGUGUUAUCCAGAUUCCAUAGGUCUGGGUGUUUGUCAAGUGGUAUAUUCUGGAUAGAAAGUUUGGCCUAAGUGAUGAGCCGUGUUAGGCAAUUCUGCAGGUCUUUAAGACUUUAACAGUUAAAAUAAUGAAUGUAGCAACACUGGUAUUAUUAGUAUUUAACUGAUUAGAAUCUAUACAUUAAUACAAUUGCAUACAGAAUGGUAUAUUUUUGAGUACUGUCGCUUAUUAUCAGAAUAGGCUAAGUAAGAAAGACAAGACUCCUGCCUUUUAUUAUUCAACAAUAUGUAUGUUUUCCACCAAAGGUUUUAGUUAUGUUUAAAUUAGUCUGAGCUGUAGCAUUCUGUUAAGACAAAAUUCAAAACUUGGGAUCCAAGUCUGCUCUCUGACUCUUCUAGUUGAAAUGAUCUGUUUUGUUCUUUGUGAUGCUAGCUAGAGUCAAUAGCUUUAGUAAGUGGAAUUAUAUAAUAAAAAAAUUCCUUCAGUAGCACCUUAAAGACCAACUGAGUUUUAAUUUUGGUAUGAGCUUUCAUGUGCAUGCACACGAAAGCUCAUACCAAAAUUAAAACUUUGUUGGUCUUUAAGGUGCUACUGAAGGAAUUUUUUUAUUUUGUUUCGACUCAGACCAACACGGCUACCUACCUGUAACUGGAAUUAUAUAGUGACUAAUCUGUCAAUUAGAUCAUCAGCUUUAAUGGCAAACUAAAGUUUUCCACUCAGAUUGUUCAGUAACGUUGAGGAAGUGUUGCUGGACAGAUCUUUCUUCCCUGUUAUUUUGCUGUUAUUUUGUACCCACACAUAGCAGAUACUUUGCAUUUUAGGUUGAAAUUGCUAAGGGCUUUCUUUUAGGAAUAUGACACAGUCAAGUGAAGCAACUGGCAGUAUUCUUUCACUGAUGGUAUAAUGGCUUUUAGCAUGUUAAUUUUGACUGUGAUGUGGUGUUAUAUUGUAAUAGGAAAUAUAUUCCAGAUUCCCAAAUAGGUAGAGAAAAUAUUUUGCAAAUUUAAUUGAUCAAUAAAAUUAUUUUCCUAGAACUCAAUACUUUGACAGCACUGCAUGAGGUUUAAUUAAAUAUGUUGUUUCAUUCUGUUUAAAAUAAGCUAACUCAUAUUGACCACGAAUACACAUGGAAUAUUACAACUGACAGUUCAUGCAGUAUUUUGCAGUUUCUUAGGAAAAUGCAUUGACAAUCCCCGGAAAGUAAAUUCUGUUGGUUAAAAUUGAUCUUCAUUCAGUGACUACAUUUGAACAUACAUAAAUUUUCUAGACAUAGGCACGGUUCUGAUUCUGUUGCAGUUCAUAAACCUGUAAGUCAUCAGUACGGUAACACUUUGCAUAGUUCCUAUAAUUAAUGUAAAAUCAUAUAUCCUCAUAAUCAGAACUACUUUAAACAAAGCGUAUACAGUAUUUGGAUUAUUAAUCUAAAACCUCUUGUUUCAAAUCACAAGUGAGUAAGCCAGUAGACUUAUUUUUAAAAAUAUGUAAGCUGUUUUAAGACAUCUGUCAGAUUCUUUAAGCAUAAAAUUUGAUUUUCUUUGUUUCCUGGUUAUUACUCUUAUAGCAUUCUUUGUUCAGAACUGACUCCAUUGAGUUCAGUGGGGAUUGCAGUCUUGACAUUCAAAGAAAUUUAACCUCGGAAAGAAGGGGCGGUUGCUUCUCAGUAAGGGGCAGUUUUGGAGCUAUGUGCUUAGAGAAGCAUAGAACAUGGUGCCUCCGUUCUAAAUGGUUUUGAGAAGUACUGGUAUUAAAUAAGCUUAUUGCUUGUGGGGGUGUUUGCCAUUUCUAGGCAAUGUGGGGGCUGGGGAGGCUGCUGCUCCCCUCCUGAAGAAAAGCAUGUAGGAUUGAAAGGAUGUUUGAGCCUUUUGUUAGUCUCCUAGCCCUCCUCUGAAACUUGGUCCCCUCUGAAACUUAAUGCAUUGUUAAUAAUUAAAAAAAAAACCCGCAUGGAUUAGCAUAUGCUAAUGUAUAUGUAUAGAUAGAAUUUCAGAAAUAAUUACUAUAAAUGUAAUGAAUGUGAUUCAACUGAUAGGUCCAGUCAGCAGAAGGACUUCAGCUUGCACAGUGGGUCUCUCCCCACUGUGCUCCAUAUGAACUUCUUGGCUCUUUAUUAUGUCCCUUUGCUUUGCUAUCACCACAACCUUUUUCUUUCCAGCACUAUAGAUGGUUCGUUUUUCUAUCUUUUCUUGUUUCCCCAUUACCAAGGCUUGUUCCUCUUUCGAUCCUGAAAGUGCACACAAGAAGUUUAAAUAUGAUCCAGUUGCUCAGAUUUUAAUUUUGAUGUGCAGGCAAAUAAUAUGCUUUGGCAGAUUUUAGAUAUCAUAGAGCACUGAGGACCUGAAAAAGUAUCCUGUGAUCACUGGUGCAAUGAGGAUCCAUUCUCCAAGAUGUCUCUCUUUUUCCCGAAAAUCCUGGGUUUCCUCUUUGCUAAAGUUUAGUAAAACUGCAGAUAAAAGCUCUAGAUCAUCAGAUUCUCACUCACCAUGUCACCAACUUCUCAUCAGUAAUUAUAGUUUUUCUUCAAGAGUUUGAGAUUUUAAAAAUCACUAGUAGAAUUUAGAGUCAAUCUUUCCUCUGCGGUUUUUGUUUUAAGAAAGGACAGGUGGACACCAGCUUUAGAAAACAUGCAAUAUCCCUGUUGAUAGCUGAAAUGCUAUUGUUCAGGGUUCCAGUCAGUGUGAAUCAAGACACUUGUGCUUCAGACUUGGAGAUGGGAAGGAAAGGAAAAUAGUUACUAAGUUUUAGCCUGUAUGCCUUCAGCAUUCUGUAUGUCCUAGAAACUCUCAGGACCAUUUAAAAGAAACAUGCAAACUAAUAUACUUCUGCAUACCUGUUUCCCCAAGUACAGGGAAACCACUAUUUUAUUUUUGGGCGGCCUCAUUUUGCUUCCCGACUGAUAGGUGCUUAAUUACCUAGUUCAGUAUUGGAAGGAGUAAAACAUUUGAAUUACAUUUAAUGGCGGUAAUUUUAUUCAUUUGAGGCGCCUGAAAUAUAUACUAUAGUCUUUGUGUUGCUCAUCUGACUAAAAAUAUUGCAAUUAAGUUGAUGCCAAAUACAUGCCCAUUUGCUUUUUGCAUCUAUAUAGGUCAGUGUUGUGGUGUGGACUGCUUUCUUAGGAAGCUUCCUUAUCCUGUGUCCAUAGAUCCAUGUGGCUUUCUCCAUAUCUGGUACCUGAUCUUUUAUUUAAUUGGUGGUGCCAGGAAUUGAACCAGAGACCUGCAAAAGCAUGUGCUCUGCCACUGAGUUAUGUUCCCUUCCAGAUGCACUUGAACCUGUGGGGCUAAGCUCCUUAGAGGGUAUUCUGGCUCUUACACAACCUGAAAACAAACCUUUUCAAAUGUAAGAAUAAAGUGUACCUCAGCUAUUUGGGAAAUAGCAUCUGCUAUCUGCAUCAUACCCACAAGAAGUGCACAAAAGAUCCACCACUGUGUGUAAAUUUGGUUGUGUCAGAUUGUUGGGAGACAUACGACAAGCAUGUAAGCUGUUAGGAAUUCUAGUUGAAAUAAAUUUUAAAAAUAAAAAGUUGUCCAGUAGCACCUUAGAGACCAACUAAGUUUGUUCUGGGUAUAAGCUUUCAUGUGCAUGCACACUUCUUCAGAUACCAGGAAUUCUAGUUGAUUCAUCAAUACAAGGGAACAGUGGAUAACUACAGCAGUGAUUCCCUAGUACGAGAUGGACAUGAAAGGUGACUAAUGAAAGUUGUCAAAUUGCUCUUUAAAGGUGUGUGUAGAUGCUGAAGAAGUGAAGCAGUUAACGUGGGUGUACAGUUGGGAGUUUUUGAAAAAAGGUAUCUGAGCUUGCUUUUGGUUCUUUAUCUGGCUUCAUUAUACUUAGCAUUCUGGUGGCCAUGUGUAAAGGUAAAGGUACCCCUGACCGUUAGGUCCAGUCGUGGACAACUCUGAGAUUGCGCGCUCAUCUCGUUCUGUAGGCCGAGGGAGCCAGCAUUUGUCCGCAGACAGUUUUUCCGGGUCAUGUAGCCAGCAUGACGAAGCCGCUUCUGGCGAACCAGAGCAGCGCAUGAAAAUGCCGUUUACCUUCCCGCCAGAGUGGUACCUAUUUAUCUACUUGCACUUUGACGUGCUUUCGAACUGCUAGGUUGGCAGGAGCUGGGACUGAGCAACGGGAGGUCACUCCGUCGCAGGGAUUCGAACUGCCAACCUUCUGAUCGGCAAGCUCUAGGCCACGGCGAACCUAUGACACCUUUGAGCUUACUGGCAAUACUCCCACCUUUAAUACAUAGACCCCCCUUUGUUACCAACACCCAACACCCCCCCUUUACUCAUCUCUUCCAGAAAAAGAAAGUAUUUAAAAUACCUGUUUAAAACUGGAGGGGUGUGUGCUUCCCCUGCCUCCCCAGUAAAAUAAUAUGCUAGUUCACAGCACCCCACACAAGUUAAAUAAUAUCAAGACCAAAAAGAAACCGACUGACAAAUUAGUUUUUGGUUUAUUAAAUACAGUUAUAUAUUCCAAUUAUACAUUUUUGUUAUUUAAACUAUAAAUAUCGCGAAAUUAUGGGUUUUUUUCUUGAAGCGACACACCACCCGAGUUAUGCUCGGGGGUUUUUUUGGUGAAUUUUGACACACCAAGCUCAAAAGGUUGCCCAUCACUGCCCUAGGCUCUGUGGUUUAGACCACAGCACCAACCAUGGCCAUGUGUAUUUAUGCUAUAUUCUUCAGGGCUAUUGUCCAUUUUGAUACACCCUUCCUGGUGCAUGCAAACCAUUUCCCAUUACUCGCUGACCUACAAGUCAUCAUUGUGUCUGAACCAAAAGAAAGGGCAGCUUUUAUGACACUUCAAUCAGCAUUGAAAGAAUACACUCUUACUGUUUUUUAGGGAAAGACAAAAGGCAACAAAUGUUCCUCUAUUCAGGAAGGACUUCCUAAACGGGACUCCCAUUUUCCCUCAGUGACAUAUUUUCUGAUUGACCAGGAUAACCCAUGUAAUAUAACUAGUUCAGGAUGUACUGCCGUAUGUAGCUUAGUUUUGUUGCCCUCCAUCAGCUGGCUUUGUAGCCAGGUAGCCGAAACUGGGAUUAGAGCAUAUUGAUAUCAUUGUGUUUAUUACAUCAUCGCUGAUUGGCUGGGAUCACUCUGGAAGGGAGGCACCCAUAAAUGGUAUUGAAGCAGCAUCAUAUUGCCCGGGGGGGGGGGGAUAGUGGCUGUGGAUAGCAGGGAUGGAUGAGUAAUCCAUUUAGUCCAAAUACUGAAGCACAGUGACCUAAAUUGCCAGACUUGCUUAUAGAUUUUGGUUCUUGUGCUGCAGUUUUGAGUCAAAAAAAACAUCCAUUUUAGCGGGGAAAUGCAUUAGAAAGUAUACAAAAAGAGGAAGACUGCAUGCAAAAUGCCUAUAUAAUGUGACCAGUUUAAGAGUUUCAUGGUUGGUUGGUUUUUUUAAAAUGUACAAAUCUGGGAUGGGUGGACCUAUGAUUGAACACAUGCAAUAUUGAUAUAGAGUGGGGGGAAACUGAUGUGUCCAUGUAAAGAACAGAAUCAAAAAAGGUGAAAAUGUAAAGGGUUUGUCUACCCACUAAGAGUGCUGCUUUCAUUGUGAAAAGUGGAACCAAAAUUUUCACCACAGUAGCCUAUAAACGCAAGAGGUAGGUUAAUGCCAGCCCACCUGUACAAUGUUUGGCUAAAAAUAGAAGUAAAAGAGCUUAGUUUUGUUGUACCUUAAUUUUUUUAAGAAACUUGAUAGGCAGCCAAGAAAUGGUAUAUGCCUUUUCUUACAUUUCCAUUCCCCCUUCCGCCCACAGUGUGCAUAGCCUAGCAUUAUAAUCAAACCAAGUAUGCAUUAAACUGUCAUCCCUUAAGGGGAAAAAUCUCUUCUAAUAGAGCCUGAAAGUGAUCUCAAAAGCAAUUCCUAAGUUUUCAAUUGCUUCUUGAAAUACAGCUGCUGUAGAGUUUGCCCCUAAUUGCCUUUCACGUUUUCAUGAAAUAUUUUCUGUGCAGUAAAAUAGAAUUCACCUCACAGUUGUAAAUGAGAAGCAGGGGCCAGCAGGAAAGAUCAUUUUAAAGAAUCAGGUAUAAAGAGGAGACCCUUGGUUCAGUUGUGGGAAAAUGGGAUAUUUAUGGCAAGAGAGAUUUUAGACUAUAUAAAUGAUUGUAUCAAUGAUACAAUUUCAUGGAAGAGACGUUUACUAAAAUUAUGUGUGUGUUAGUUACAAAAGGAAAUUGACCUUCAUAGCUGCGUAUCUGCAGCUUACCUAAAGAUUUACUGGUGGUGUCUUAUUCUUAAUAUAUGGAAUUACACUGUCUAAUUAAGGGGAGGGGGUUUCAGUUGAGGUUACUGUGAUAUGGCAGAAUUAUCCCUCCUAUUCAGGCAGUACCAUGGAAAAGGCAGUACCGUGUAAAAAGCAUAGAAUGGCAACUAACAGAAUAAUAUCUAAGAAAUGGCACGUCAUUGUCCAAGCUAUUAAAGCAGUUCGAAUAAUAAUCCAAUGCCUGCAUCUAAAACUCACUCCAGUCUAUAUAAUCUGUUUUUCUGGCUGUUCUACACUGUCUUAUAAUUGUAGAGAAAAGUUAUUAUCUACUCCUCCUCUUUUUUUACAACAGAAAAAAGAAAGGAGAUAGGGAGAUAAAACCAUAAGGACAGAAAAGAAAGGUAGCUGUAGUGUAGUGUGAAGAAGAAAAGUAAACUGCAAAUAAAGCUGUACACCCUCUUCUAAUCUUUUAAUCAUUCUGCAUCAUUUUUUAUCAUUAACAACCUGAUCUAGUGGAAGGUGCACUUGGUAUCCCUGCCAUUCACCAUUGGCUUCACACAGGUCACUGUGACACGUCCCAUAUCAGUAUCUUCUUCCAAAAUAGCCCAAGUGUUUCACCAUAUGUAUGCAGUAAUACUUGCUGAUCCUUCGGCAUCAUUGUACACCUUUUUAAAAUCUUCCUCUCCAAUUCAGAUACCAAAGUCAUGUGUUGGCUGUCACUAUAUUCAGCAGCAUUUCCAAGCAGCCUUUGAAGAGCAGGAUUGUUCCAUUGCUGUCAUCCAUUUUAGUUCCUCAUGGCUGCUCUCAUGUUUGCUGAAAUUGUUGGUUCCUUUGAUCUAGCAAGACCCAGGUUAACACUAACAUUUUGAGGUGUGAUUGUUGAAUAAAGGACAUUUUGAAUAUUCUGGUAUAAUGUAGCACCCAGUAUCUCAGCUCUUGUCCUAGAUAGAUACCAAAGACAACCAGGAGCCAAAGGCUUGAAAGCAACAUUCUGCACAUGCACCAGAACUUUUCAGGCUACUCCUUCCCUAUGAACCUCCCAAAAUUCUGCUCUUGAAGUUUAGUGGAUUCUUCUCAGCCACAUUUGAUGCUGUGUAAGGGGGUGAAAAAGAAAAUGGACAGCAAACUAGUUUGCUGUCUGACCCAGGACACAAGAACUUUCUUUAUGCCACAUCAGACCAUUGGUCCAUGUAGCUUGUUACUCUCCACUGAUUGACAGAAGUUUUUAAGGGUUUCAGACAAGAGCCUUUCUCAGUUGAACAAGGAGAUGCUGGGGAUUGAAAUGUGAAGCUUUGGCAUGCUCUACCACUGAGCCGUAGCUCUUCCCCACUUCAAGUUAAUCAGACGUUGAUUUAAAAUUAUCCUGGAUCAAUAUAAGCAGCCAGUCUGUCGGGGUUCUUUAAAGUUACACCUCAAGUUACAGUGGAUCAUUGUAUGCUUGCACUGAAUUUUGAGCUCCAUAUAAGCUAAGGGGCAUGGAGUUUCGUUUAUGCUGUCUGCUAACUUCAGCUGUAAAUUAAUCACUUCAUUGUGUUAUCCAAUUAGAUACUGAGAUAACUGAAAAGCUGGCAGUAUCAACACACAGCUUCUCAUGCAAGUACUUUAUUGUUUUCAGGGCUUAACCCUUGACUCCUUUGUGCUCUCUUUUUGGAAGAUUCUUUUUAUUCUUUCAUUUUAUUUCAUUCUGUUUGUGAAGUGCAUCUUAUGGAACACCUUGGAGCAAAAAGAAUAUCAAUGAUAAAAGAACACAGUACAAUAUAUAUCAAAUCCAAUACCUUGAAAAAAAUCUCCCCUUAAAGACCUUUUGAAAUAGGAAGGUCUUCACUAAAAAGACAAGAAAAGGCACCACUGGUCUGCUAUCUAAGAGGAGGGAGUUCCAAAUGGUAGGUGCCGCCACACUGAAAACCUGAUUCCAACAACAUGUGGAACAAACCUCCUGAUGAGAUGAUUUCUGCAGGAUGCCUCCUUCAGAGCACUGUGAACAGUUGGAUGUAAGUGGUGAGCCAAUCUUUUAGGAGGACAAAUUUCAUCACUACUUCUGUCAGCAUUGAAAGGCACUAAUAAGAUUAAAAUUGGAUUAAUGUGACUUGAACAAAAUCAAAGCUGUAAGACACUCUAACAAACAUUUCCAGGAAUUCUGUAGGUUUAGUCUCUGAUCAACGUGACUUGCAAUGAUCACAUUAUUAUUAGCAAAUUUCUGCUUUGGUUGUAAGAUAGGAGAUAAUACGGUAACAUCCAUUUUGCCUUUUUAAAAAAGACUUUACAUUUCUGCAGCAUACUGGUGGUGUGGGGUUUUAAUAUCAGGUUUGUAUAACAGUAAAGUUGAUAAUCUGAUCACAGAUUUAAACAGUAGUUUAAAACAUUAGACCAUUGCUAAUUAUUUCUUGAUUUGUCAAAUUGCAUUGACACAUGAGGGAUUUUAAAAUAAAAUCACAAUUACUGUCUCCUUGAAAGCAAUUCAAAAUUGCUUAGUGACAACACCGCUCAGAGAUUGCUGAGUAAGCAAUAUAUAAAUUAUUGAAGUAAAUGGACAAUAAAUAAUAUGACAAGUAACCAGUUCCUUUAGAAAGCAUUAUUUGGUUUAUUCUGGACCUCAUGCUAUGUCACAAAUUUUGUCAGUUUGUUGAACCCUCAAACUUUCAAAUUUUAUACUGUAUAAAGAUUUUUUAGUGCCUAAUGAAUGCUUUGGUAACAGUACAACAGCUUUUCACCAGUGAUCUAGUUCAUGAUAAUAUAAUCCCCCCAAAACUCCAAUCAUGUCCUGUUAAUACUUUCUAUAUCUUACCUCAAGAGUUGUGUGGUUGCUGCCACUACUGUGGUUGCUCCCAAACCGCCCUCCAGAAUAAUUACAUCUUUCAUUUUUUAUUACUCUUCAUAUUUAUACCCUGCCAUUCCUCCAUUAGGAUCCCAGGCUGGUGCGUAGAUCAGCAAAGAAUACAAAUAAAAUUACAACCUUGAAAACCUGAAAUAGCGUCAGUAAAAUACAGAAUUUGCAGUGCAGCUUUCAAAGAAUAACAGGUCAUCAGUCAAAUCCACCCUUCCCCAAAGCCCCUGGAUAAACAAGUGGAUCUUUAGCUUUUGGUGGAAUGAUGUUGGUGUGGGGCACAAGCACAUCUCUGUCGGGAUAGUGUUCCACAGUCAGGAUGCCACUACAGAGAAGGCCUAUCCCCAUGCCACCACCAGUUGGGCCAGUGGGAGACACUGUUAAUUGUUUUUACACAUCUGCUUAAUGGGUCAGAUACUGUUACCAUUGCAUGUAACUAUACAAUUCACUAUUGCCACGUAAGUAGGAGGUGUUAAUGCCACCAGGAGCAGCUUAGGAGUGGCUGUGGAAAUAGAGGCUAUUGUGCAGCUAAAACAGUGUAUAAAUGACUCCAGAAUGGGGUCUGUUUGCACAUAAUGCUAUAAUCAUGGUUUGGUACACAGGUGGAGAGCCUGUGGGCCUAAUUAGGUCUGGCAUGGGUCCCAAUUUGGCUGGCGUGGCUAUUUCCCCCAAUCCAUGUAACCUGCCCCACACCUGAUGUCGUAUGUGAUGACAGCCAGAAAUGCAGCUGCCAAUGAACAAUCAAGAGCCUUAAAGUGCUCCCUGUUAUGUCUUAGCAAGGGAGGCCUGAAGUGAUUGGCGGUGACAGCAAGCCAGCAGCGAUCAGCAGUUCAAUGGUGUUCACCACCAGGAGCUUCAUAGCAUAGCUAAUGCCAGCAGAUUUCUGUAAGCUCCAACCCCUCCUCAGUUUUGUAUUGUGUAUAGAUGGGAAGCUGAUUUCUACCAAAUUUAUUUAUUUUCAAAGAAUCUUGCAUGAGCCAGGAAUACUGGUUGACAACGUUGGUUUGUUAAACAAGCCAGCUUCAUAAAUUAUGGUUUAAAAUUGCCUGACUCAACAAUUAACCAUCAUUCAUUGUAAACCAAGAUUCCUGCUUCCAGACACAAUGGAACGGUCUUCUUUUGUGUGGCAUUGCGCUUUCAGGACUGUACUCUGAGAAGAGCUAGCAUUGAAUGCCACCCACAUGCUAGAAUACAUGUGUGUUGAUAGUUGGGAGGGGGUAUAAUUCUGGAGGCUUUUGUUGAAAUAAGAGACAGGUAUGACUUGCUAAGUGUUUCUGCUGUUCUCAUGCUCUUUGCACAAUUUCCUAUUUCCUUUGAAAGAGAUUUUUUUAAACAAUGUUAUCAUCACCAUCCGCAGCAGCAGCAGCAGCAGCAUUGUACCGGUAGUAGUGGGAUUAGAAAUGUAGCCUAAGAGUGUGUUGGUUGCUCAGUUCCCCAUUUACUUCAGGGGAGAUUUUUUGUUGUUGCCAAUAUCAUCAUCACCACCAUCACUGUAGUAGCACCGGGGUCAGGACUGCAGCCUGGGUGUUCUGCUUCAUGCUUUUGUUAUCCAUCAUCUUGGACCAUAUCAUCCUCAUUCAACUCAGUGUUGCAGAAUGAAUGUUUUGUUAACAUCAUUAUUAUGCUCACAGCACAGUAUAGGUGACUUAUUGAAAUUAAUGGCCCUAACUAAUUAAUUUCAGUGGGUUUACUCUGAGAAAAAUCUACUUGAAUACCAGUGUGCGUGUGUGCAUGCAUGUGUGGAUUUUUGUGAGUCUCGUAACUCAUCACAGCACAUAGUUUAGUUAGGUACUAAGCGUUUGUAAAAAUGCAAUUAUUAAAUGCUCACAGUAUCUUUGUAAGGGAUGGAUAUGAGGAGAAACUUCCUGACCCCAUUGACCAAACCCCCAUAACCUCCUAGCCAUCCUACCAGGUCCAGGGGGCAGCAGUCGCCACAAAGUAAAUGUGGCAGAAGUCCUCCCAGGCAUAUAGGAGAAGGGGAGGGAACCUGUAAGCUCAAUCCUUUGUUCUAUGAGACACAUCUACACAGCACAAAGCAUCCUGUUAAACUUAUUAUUUAUCUAUCAUGUUUUAGGACAGCAAGGGGGCCAAUGAGGAGUUCUCAGUAGCUGCCAGUAGAUUCUAGAAACACUUUCCUGAAAAGAUUAACCAAACCCAAAUCCAAGCAUUUCCUAAAAAUCUUGCAGUACCUUCUUAUUACUUCCAUUGGUUUCUGGCAACCAAAGGGAGGAUGGUAAAGAAGGUGGGAAAUGGAUUGAAUGAAAGACUGCCUGGUGUAAGGCCACACAUUAAGAUUUCUUUAUUUACCUCUUUAAUUGAUGUUGCUAGGCAGUUUGGUGCUUUCUAGUUAUCUUACUAGCAAAUUAUUAUGUGCACAGUGCAGAAUAGCAGCAACUUUUAUUUUUGAUGUACAGGAGAGAGGUCCCAUUUCUAUGAGGGUGUGUGUGUGCACGCACUCCGUUUUGCUUUAGAUGAGUGAUGUUAGAUAAAAGAUGUAGGGCAGGGGUUGCUGACAUGGUUGGACUGCAGCCCCAGUCAGUAUGGUCAGUGGUUAGAGAUGAUGUUGCAGUCUCAGAACAUUAGGAGGGCACCACAUUGGCAUGUUUCUCCAAGUCAGAAAUAACAUAUUUUUACAUAUACGUAUGUAAUACGUAUUUCACACAUCCUCGCCUGUAAGCAAGCUUUCAGCAGCUAUUAUGACAAUUUACAUACAUUCUACCCACCCAACACUUUUAUAUAUCUCUAACCCCCACCCCCACCCAAGCCACAGUUGAGGACAGUAUCCCCACUGUGUAUUUAAGAUUGUAAGCAAUUUGGUAGCAAGACUAGUCUCUUCUGUUUAUGUAACUCUGGACGGUGUUGCAUAUACGAUUAGUGUAAUGUUAAUAAUUCAAAUACUUCAUAAAUGUAGGCAAGCAUAGUAGUUGAAGUCUUGCAAUGCUCAUUCUUGUUCCCCUACUUUUAUCCCAGUGGCAGUGGUCUGCCACACAGCUUGUCAGAAGUCUGGAAUCUUUACGGAUCACAUUUGCUUGUUACCUGUGUGCAUGCAGUCUUGCCAAAAGCCAGAAAAGCAAAUUUUACAUCAGGUUAUAUCUGUUUUUUUAAAAAAUGCAGCCACACAUAACUAAAACAUGAGUAGAAUUGGUAGCUUCUGUUACUGAUCUUAGCAAUUUUGCGUCUUUCCUUUUUGCCACAACUAGAGGAAGAUGGUCCCUGCAACUUGAUGCUCUUUCAUCCUGUACUUAAGAUGAUAUCACCCUUCGAUAUCAGCAAUAAGGUGCUAAAGGUCUAUUAUUUUGCUGUACCAUGUGCGGAGAGCAGUGUUUUCCUCUUCUUGAGGAAUGCCAACUUCCAUUUUGCAUUAAGACCGGGAUGGGAAACUUGUGCCCCUUCUGAUAUUUUUGGAUUUCCAACUCCAAUUAGCUGCAGCUGGCAUGGCCAAUGUAGUCCAUUAACAUCUGGAUGGCCACUGGUUCCCCAUCCCUGCCUUAAUGGGACUAGCUGGUUAAAACCUCUAAAUGGCUGACUUCUCAUUCCACUUCCUCAUUAAAAGGUUGCUGUGCUAGCAUUCCCAGCAGUUUAUUAAUCUUUCGCUUCAUGUUUUUGAAUUCAAGCCUCUUAGUACCCAUUCUUCAGCUUCAGCUGUUAGCCUUUCUUGGGCUAGGAUCCUAAUACUUAACCUUCUGUGGGAUUAAUAACAUAGGCUUCUUUUGUCAUGUUGCACGAAAUGAGACUGGAGAGGCUAGACACAGUCAUUCCUCAAGGUCUCAUCUAGACCCCAAUCUCUGGUACAAAGUGUUGCUCUCCUGAUGCCUCCAACAAUACACAGAAAUUUCAGGUGGGCUUGCGAGUGGCAGGUGCAUUUAUUAACCACCAUCAUUUUUUGUAGAGACUUGUAACAUUUAGUUUGUUUCAUAAAUGGUUUGUAAGCAUUAAUUGCAGUAGUUUAACAUGGGGAAAUCACAUUUCUCACAUAUUUCAUCUACUUUACAGACUAGUUUAAGGGGAAAAACUGCAAGUGUGGCUUGACUAGAGCAUCUGACUAGCUUUUUAACUGGAAGGAAUUAUUACUCUCUUCACACACGGGCACCCAGCAAAUGACAAACUGCGCUAUGGAUAGAUUUGGAAUCUUUCUUUUUGCUCCCCAUCAUCUUGCCAAGAUUCUGAAGCCUGCCACCAUCAGAGAAGAGGAAGAAAAGAAAAACAGCAAGCAAGAAACAAAUACUGUUCAGAAGCAGGACACCAGGAAUGUCACGAGGCUCUGAUGUCUGGGUCAUCCAAUACAGAUUUGUAAUGGUGGGACGGCUGCUAUACACUCUACAGGUGGGGCCAGUUCACAGUUGGCUGCCCUUCACAGCAUUAUCUAGACCCCGUUGAUGCUUAGGGCUGGGUAUGAACCAAGUGCAUACAUUAUGCCAGUACAAUUUAAUUGAUUCAUUCAUUCAUUAACUAUGUUUAUACCACUUGGUCGUAGUAAAACCUCUUAAGCAGUUUACAAGAAAUCUUACAAUUGUCAUUGAAAAGGACUCUUUUUAUCCUCCAUUACAGACAAAUUGUGUUCUGGUAUGACCCUGGAAGAGGCAUACAUAAGACUGAGGUGCCCUCCACAUCUUGGACUGCAGCUCACAUUAGCUACAGCCAGCAAGGUUGAUGAUCAGGAAUGAUGAGAGUUUCAGUCCAAUCAAUAUCUGGAGGGAAGCCUCUUGGCUGCCACUGAUGUAAAAGUUGCAACUAUCUCUGAAUCAACACAUAGUUAUGUUGUGUUGAAAAUGACAUUCAAAGGCAGCUACAGUGGUUCUUUCUUUUGAUGCAACUAAUAAAUGAUUGGCCUUUGGAAUAUUUUAAAAGUUUGUAUUUCUCACAUACGAUGUUUUGCCUCCAGAUUAACAUCUGGAUUGCCACAUGUGGAUGCUAUAUUUAAGCCUCAGAGCCCUACAGUGGACCCUAGCCUAGAAGCAUCGGAAAAGGGUAUUUAUAACCAGAUUCAUAACAACUUAACCUGUAGUUCUUAUGACUGCAGCUUUAUUGAUCCAGGUUGAGAGCUACUUCAUAUAUGAUGUGUGCCAUGUGUGUGUAUUCACUGCGGAGACCAAGAAUCAACCAUACAUGCAUUUCUCUCAUAUAUGUUACACAUAUUUUGGAGGACAAAUAUUAAUCAAAAAUAUGAAGUGGUACUACAUGUUGAGCAGUAGGUGAAUAUGUAGCAUUGGUCAAUUUAUUGCAUGCUCAACAUGCUACUACAGAUGUAAGAAGAAGCUUUCUGUUUCAAACAAAGUUGCACAAUAAGAUCUGUGUGCAUAAUUGAUUCUAGCUAGACUAACCUGUCACAAAUGCAGUUGGGCCUAAUAUUUGCCAUACAAUGGACUUCAAGCUCCUAAAAACCCAGUCAAAACCAC